AUGUGUAAGAAACCAGAAUUGGAAGAGAGCAAGAGUGCUUCCCGUGAACUGACAGACGCACACCCAGUCCGAGUUGAGCCAGAGAUCAUCUUCCAGUGUCCUCCCCACCGCAAGUCGGACAGAGACCCAACACCUGGGAAAGCGGCUGUGAUUCGCAGAGUCAACGCAAGUGCCAAAAUGCUGCCAUUGAUUGCUGUUAUUUUGUUGUGUGGGACUGUUAGACACCUGGAAGCAACCUGCCCAGUAACUGGAAGCCACAAAGCUGCCCCGAGCCCUGAGCCAGAUCUCCAUGACUGUCCAUUAUAUUCAAAGAAUGCUUGCUGCACAGCGAACAUAAAGGAUAAAGUGAAUACUUCACCAGAGGCUGUGUCCUGGAACCAAUGUGGACGCUUGAGCACAAAGUGCGAGCAAUUCUUCAACCAGUUGUCAUGUUUCUAUCGCUGCUCCCCAGAUGUUACAAUUUGGGCAAGCCCAAGGCAUUCCAAUUCUCUUCUGAAUGUACCUCUCUGUCAGGGCUUUUGUGACCAAUGGUACAAAGCAUGCGAGAAUGAUCAAACCUGCGUUCGGGACUGGAAUGCAGAUUUGAAAAGGUCAAAUCGUACUUGGGGCAUCUGCACCUCGGACUGUAUUCCUUUCAGUAAGAUGUACAAGAACGGAAAAGAUCUAUGUGAGACCAUAUCUGGAAGUUCUUUCAAGGUCAGAUCCUGUAAUUGCCUGAACAUGGACGAGAAUGACGAGGAGGUGAUUAAAACCCUGAUGCAGGAGGAUAGCACCAAGGCUGGUAUUAAUGGGGAGCUCCCAUGCAAAGAGAAGCGCAGCACUCGGAACAAGCUGAGGCGCUCCAUCCGCACGCAUUCACUUUUCGUGGAAGACAUCGAUGGCAGUGGAAGCGGGUUCCCGACGACUGAUUAGUUAAACUACGGUUGCUGUCUCUCUUUUGUUUUGCAUAGUUGCUGCUCCUGUUAAAACCUGCUCCUUGCUGUAUUCACAUUGAUAAAUAUUCCAGAGUUAAUACUCACCAUCCCAGUCCUCUUUAUUCUCUAUUCUAGCAUGCAACCCAUCUACAUUUCAACAAACUCCAUCAAAUUCCCUCCUAAUUUAAGUCCAAAGUCAACGAAAGCACCAUGAAUGAGAGUUCAGAGAAAGAAAAAAACAACCUCCUGUUCUUCUUCCUAUAUCCUCACAUUUUCCUUCUCACAAACUAGCUGAUUCAGGAUUAAGUUUACAGCCAAGUUAAUAUUUUAGCAUUACUAUCAAGCUGCUAAUCUCAGCAGUGAAAAAAUGCUGCCACACCAUCUUGAGCAUUAAGCUGAGACGUCCGGUAUCCAAAUUUGGUAUCUUGGCUUCCAUUAGACUCCACCGAAGAAAAAGUCAGAUAUGUUUUAUCCAUCAGUUCCAAAUUACCACCACCUAACUAUAUAUUGAUCAUCAUCCAAAAAUAACACAAAAAUAGAGAAGGAUGAAUGGACCUUUAAAGAAUGAACUUUUAGCAAGAAUUAGACAGUAAUGUCAUCCCCUCAGGAAAUUAGACAUACAUAAUGGGCCUUUCUCCAUCCCGAAUACAAUUCUCGGGUUCACAUUUUGAUCCACCGAGUCAUUCCCCUACACAGAACUUGUGUAGAUUUCUUCAAAAGACAUUCCUUAAAUCAAGACAAAUGACUCUGCAAGUUCAACGACCAAGUAGAUCAAACUUAUGGAUGCAGUCCCUAAGUUGUGAAGGACAACUCCAGGUUGUUAAUCCAAUCUUACAACGGACUCUGACCUCCUCCGUGGACUGGAAUGUCUCUGGAACCGUUAUUUUGGGAGGAGUAAUUGAACAUCUAAAUCCAUGUAAACAUUUAGUCCUGUAAGAACCAACUAAGUUGUCCAAGAAACUUAACAGCAGAUUCUAUUCCAAAUUGCUAUCAUUCUUUUUGCUGAAUUUAGGAAGAAAUAUCUGAUAAGAUUAGGAUUUGAUAACAUUGUACUCCUAUUUUCUCGUUCCUUGUUUUGCAGUCUAAAAAGUUAAAAUUACCUGCUCACAGCAAUUCCUCACUUCAUUUUGAAACUCUGGAUCACACCUCUGAAAUAAUUUUGCCAGAGAAAACAGACUCAAUAAUAUACAGAACAUAUGACAUUAAAAUAGAGAACUAAUCCAACAGUAUGCAAUCACUUCACUCAAAGUUCCAAGUAGCACUGUCAUCUCCAUUCCCUUUGGGCAUGGUUUGUAUUAAACAUAUAAUGCUUGUGAUAAGGGAAGGAACAUUUGGGACAAUUCUCAAGCCACCUGCGCUUUCGCAGCAAACUUUUAGAAGCUACAAUUCUGCAGUCUCAGUUUAAACUGUGUGAAAUUUGCUUGCUCUGAUCCUAACUCCUACUAUUAGGAAAGAGGAGAAUUUAUAUUUAGCACUUUUAACAAUUGCUGUAAAAUUUGAGUUGUAGACCACCAUUUGCUUGGGCCACAUAGCCUAUUACUGUUGGAUAGGUGGUUGUGUAUGUGUGUGUUUGUGGGGGGAGGAAGCAGCAUGUGAGGAAUAGUCUAAUAAUAAUCUAUACGUUGCACCUUGUAUUUAAAGAACAUAUAAGCAUUCACAAAGAUAUAGUUUACUUGCUGGAUUAUUACAUUUAGACUUUCUUGCUUCUGAAAUGGUCUUGAGAUAUUUCUGUAAAUUUCUAAUAGAAAUUAUUAUAGAAUUAAA